GCUGUCCGUACACAGGUUAAGGGAGACUGGGACUUUCUAAGGGCCAGCAGGAAUUUGCUCUGGAGUUUGUGUCGAGAGAGAACACAAGCAAGGAGCCUUUUGGAAAUGGAAUGCUUCCUCUGAAGUCCUGAGAGAUCAACAGCCAGAGGGUGAGGAAGAAAAUAAUGAGAUGGAGGACCUCUGGAAAGGCAUCCCCACGCUCCUGGUCAUCCUGGCUGGGCUGGCAGCUUCUGGAUCCAGCUAUCAAAUCCUAGAAGGCCCCAAGAAUGCAACAGUGUUGGAGGGCUCAGAGGCUCGCUUCAAUUGCACCGUGUCACCGGGCUGGAAGCUCAUCAUGUGGGCGCUAAACAACACAGUGGUUCUGAGCCUCACUCCCAAAGAGCCCAUCAUCACAAACGAACGGUUCACCUCUGCCAGUUAUGAAGUGGAUGGCAAUUUCAUCUCUGAGAUGAUUAUCCAUGAUGUGAAACUCAGAGAUGCAGGCCACAUCAAAUGCAGCCUUCAGAACAGUGACCAGGAUGGCUCUGCAUUCCUUUCAGUCCAAGUUAUGGGAGAGUUGUUCAUUCCCAGUGGCAAUCUGGAAGUCACUGAGGAUGAGCCCUGUAAUGUAACUUGUCUCGCAGUGGGCUGGGUCCCACUCCCAGAUAUUGUCUGGGAGAUCAAUGUUCCAGUAAGCCAUUCCAGCUAUUCCUCCUAUCCGGAGCCUGACAACCCCCAAAGUGCAAUGAGCAUCCUCUCACUGACUCCAAAAGGCAACGGGACCUUGACUUGCGUGGCAAAUGCCAAGGGUCUGCAAGCUCACAUGUCUGCCGCUGUAAACCUUACUAUGGCUGAGCCUUCCUUGGGCCAUCUUAAUGAAUCAUCAUUGCCUACCUGGGCAAUAAUUCUCCUUGCAGUAUCGUUUUCAUUGCUUUUGAUCCUGAUAAUCAUUCUGAUUAUAAUAUUCUGCUGCUGUUGUGUCUCCAGGGAAGAUAACAAAGAAUCUAGUUACCAAAGUGAAAUAAGGAAAUCAGCAAACAUGAAAGCAAAAACAGAAAGCAUGGAAACAAAGACAAGUGGCAAUGACAACUACGGAUACAGCUCAGAUGAGCCACGGACUUCCAAAGAGACCUCGGCUCUCCCUCCGCAGUACUAUGAGCUCAAUGUUCCCAAGCAACUCAGCCCCAGGCAGCCCCCUCCGGAAACCACUGGAUCUGAGGCGGCCCCCACACCUCGCCCACAUGUUUCUUUCAUGAUGGCCAGUCCUAAGAAGGUCAGGAACGUCACAUUGGUAUAGGAAAGAUUUCCUUGGACUCCGCUCUGUGCCUGGUGGACAGGUCUAGCAUGAAGAUGUCAACAUGUCACCCCCACAGUGGCGUCAAACUUUGCUGACAUGAUCUAGACGGGAUGAUGUUGGAAUCACUGGAACUGAUAUUUUAUUGUGAGAAGAAGAAUCAAUUUUUCCAGCUCCAGAAGUAGAAUUUGACUUUUAAAGUGUUUCAGUACUUUUUUAAGUAAAUCCCUUAAGGUUGUUAAGUAUAAAAGAUGCAAAUUCAUCAUAAUAAAAUUCCUCAUCACUCAACACUCCUGCUUGCUAAUCCAAUAAGUGAAAGACAAGUCUACAUUUUAUCGUGAUCUUUAAAUGUUCACAUUAUCCUAAAUCACAUUGACAUGCUAUUUAUGUGUUUUUAAUAUAUGGGGCAUUAUUAUGGGCUAUGGUUGAAGUAGGAGUCCAUCAGACUAGAUUUGGCAAAUCAUAAUACUUAUUCCACAGGCUAAAAGUCAGAUUAAGUUCUAAAGCUGAUGCACACCUUCCUAACUAUCUCAGUGUUGAAUGUUUACACGAAGUGAUCCAUCUUUAUCUACUCCCUUAUCAGGCCAGUCUUGUGUCUUCCAGUGAGUUAGAGAUGGACGAUGCUUUGUAGGGUUGUAUUUCACAUACUACACAGACCAUGAAAAAUGUGCUUUUUAAUAAAUAAAAAGGAAAACCACCCAAA